UCAUUAGAUAUUGGAAUGUGAGUUAUAAGGUAACUAUUAUGGAGACAGAAGUUAGAAUCAUCUUUGCGUGAGGCUUCAUCACAUUUCCUUAUUGAUUAUUUUCCUGUAUUUUCAUCCUGUUUUAUUCUUUAGAUUUUAGGCUAUGGGGAUUAAUUUUCGAGCUUGUCUCUGGUGUGUUUAAAGUAGAAAGGAGCUAAAGAAGGUUUAGUUUAGUUUUUUCUUCAUUAAAAUAACUGGCUGGAGAAAUCGUCUCCGCACCAGACUGCAUCACACACCGACCACCUCAUCGCUGAUUUAUUCACUUUUCCUCCUGUACAAUGAUGAUGGUUUAUUCCACCAAGCAAAAAAGACUUGAGAUCUUUGUUCUAGUGCACUGUGUUCGUGAGAACGUGCUUUAGUUGUGGUUCACGGUCGUUGAUGUUGAAAUCCAGCUGAAUUGACAGGAUCUUGGUGUACAACACUUUUAAUAAAACCCUUACCUAAAUACAGGCAGGUUAUGGAGCAAGAUGUGAAGUGGCUCAUGCUUUAAAACACGCAUGAUGGGAAGGAAUCGCUCCAGGACGUGAGAACUUUUUUCUACAAGCUCCUCCACAUAAACGCAGCUUUCUUCCGUUUUUCCAUGUCAUUUCCUGUAAUAAAAAAAAAAGAAAAAAAAGAUGGUGGUCAAAGCUGCAAGAAGCAGCUGACUCGGUAGAAAAGAUGUGAGGAGCUGAAAGUUUUGCUCUUUGCCCGAGACGAGUUUAAUUAUCUGCUGGUCGUCGUGGCUGAUGCAGAUGGAGGGGAAGUGAAGAGCUCCCGGACGGACUACGUCUUGUGCACAAGGAUAUACAGAUACGCAGUUAAGAUGUUUGCAUGCAUAUAGGCAGGGUUUGGCCCACAAUCCUGCAUCGAUCAUGACUGACUCUGUCGACUUUCACACUGAGCCAUGUAUGGAAACUGAGCCAGAAUGCAGCGCAGGUGCCGUCACUGAAGGUUCUUCUGAGGAGCCCAAAGAAAAGAAAGUCAACCAUGAGCAUUGUAAAAAUGUGGGGCAACAUCAUGUUGACUGCUGGUUCUGUGAAGAAUGUAAGGGGUAUUUCCUGGAGGAAUGUGUUGUCCAUGGUCCGCCUGUGUUUGUGCCUGAUACACCCACUGCGCUUGGAGUACCUGACCACGCAGCUCUCACUGUGCCUUCGGGGAUUCAGAUUGUAAGGAAAGGCCAGGAUGUGGAUGUGUGCUGCAUGGAUAAGAAUAUUCCAAAGGGAGCUCUGUUCGGCCCCUAUCAAGGUCAACUCAUAGGAGCCCAUGAUAAACCGUCAGGAACAUACUCGUGGAUGAUUUUUGAUGAGGACAACACCUACAGAACUAUUGAUGGCAGUGACGAGACCAUAGCAAACUGGAUGAGAUACAUCCGGAUGUCUUCUGCGAAGGGUGAGAGAAACUUGAGUGCGAUCCAGCAUGGUGAGCAUAUUUACUUUCGUGUGUGUCGAAGACUGGCGGUCGGGGAGAAGCUUCGUGUGUGGUACAGCGAUGAGUACGCAAAACGUCUGCAGAGUAUGUCCCCGGACAGUACCAACCGCAAACCGGACACAGCGCUGAAUUCAGAAGACAUCACCCAACACCAAGAAGAAGCUAAAGGCCCACUUCUACGCUCGGCUUUACAUGGAAGGAGAACACUCAUAAAGCAUGGGAGCGAUGAGCAAGAUAACCAGCCUCAAGUGAAGAAGAAAAAAAUCGACCUCAUAUUCAAAGAUGUUGUAGAAGCAUCGCUGGAAGCAAGCCAAAACCAGGACAAUCCACUAAACAGCACUCUGUCAUUAUCAAGAGCAAGAGGACAAGUCAGCAAUGUCCUCAGCCAAUCCGGUUCAUUUUCACCAAACGUAGUGGAGACAAUCAUGGGGCAGACUGAGAGAAAAGUGCCUCUUGUAGGCUGUGAACUUGUGCCAGUGAAGCAGCUAGAGAGCGGUCUUGAAAGAUAUGUCAAAGUAGAAGAUGCACAGGAGGAGGCCACUGUGAUUAGUGAAGCCCCAUCUACAUCUUUUUGCCCAAAUUGUGUUAGACUGAAGAGACGUAUACGUGAACUGGAAGCUGAGCUGCUUCUUUUUAAACAACAAGAGCAGGCCGAGACAUUGGGCUUACCUCCGUCCGAAUCCUUGCCAAGCGAUGACCUGAGAGUGGUAGAAGCUAUGACACCCAUUCCAGCUGGUAUAGAGGAGGAUGACCAGGAUGUUGACUCUGCAGAUGAAUCCAUAACGGCUGACAUGAUAGUAGCUGCUGACGACUCCUCGAAACUGUCUGUUAGCCCGGGUCGAAGAAUCCGACGCUUUAAACAAGAGUGGCUAAAGAAAUUCUGGUUCCUGCGUUAUUCUCCGACAUUGAACGAGAUGUGGUGCCACGUGUGCCGGCAGUACACCGUACAGUCAUCAAGGACUUCUGCUUUCAUUAUUGGCUCCAAGCAAUUCAAAAUCCACACCAUCAAGCUUCAUAGCCAGAGCAAUCUCCACAAGAAGUGUCUGCAGUUGUACAAGCUACGCAUGCAUCCCGAGAAGACCGAAGAGAUGUGUCGGAACAUGAUGAUACUGUUCAAUGCUGCUUACCACCUUGCAGUCGAAGGACGACCGUAUUCUGACAUCCGACCUAUAGCAGAGCUGUUGAAAAAGUGUGAACUUAAGGUAGUAGAUCAGUACAUGAACGAGAGCGACUGCCAGAUUCUUAUUCACCACAUUUCACGAGCGUUUAAAGAGGACUUGGUAGAGAAGAUCCGUCUCUCACCUUUCCUUGGCGUAAUCAUGGAUGGCCAGAACGACGAUUUGCUAGCAGACACAGUUGCGGUUUACGUGCAGUUCAUCACCACAGAGGGUCCACCUGCUACUGAAUUUCUCUCCUUACAAAGCCUGAGUGGUAGCAGUGUAGAUGGAUACCUUCAAGCUAUUGACCGUGCCUUUGGUGUCCUAGGUCUGCCUCUGCAGGACAUGCUCAUGGUUGGCCUCGGAGUCGAUGGUUCCAACAUCUCUUCUACCCUUCGGGCAAACCUCUAUGUAGCCAUAAGGAAGAUUUUUCCAUUUGUAUUGUGCCUGCCGGUCAUGAUUCAUCGUCCUCAUUUAGAGAUACUGGAUUCCAUCUGUGGGAAGGAGCUCUCCUGUUUAGAUGACUUGGAGAACAACUUGAAGCAUUUGUUGAGCUUCUAUCGAUACUCCCCUCGUAUGAUGAUGGAACUGAGGUCAACAGCACCGACUCUGUCUGAGGAGACAGAGUUUCUUGGGGAUAUAAGAGCAGUUCGGUGGAUCAUAGGUGAGCCAAAUGUCCUAAAUGCUCUCAUCAAGGACUAUCUCGAAGUGGUGACUCAUCUAAAAAACAUCAGCAGUCAGACCCAGAGGGCAGACGCAGCCGCCAUUGCUCUUUCUCUUCUGCAGUUUCUUAUGGAUUAUCAGUCUGUGAAGCUUAUCUACUUUCUUUUGGAUAUUAUUGCUAUACUGUCACGCCUUGCCUUCAACUUUCAGGGAGAAUAUCUUCUAGUUUCUCAAGUAGAUGCCAAGAUUGUGGAAGCCAUUCAUGAGAUUGGACAGCUAAUCGAUUCGCCAGGGGAGUACCUGCAAGAGUUUGAGGACAACUUUCGUGAGAGCUUUAACGGAGUGGAUCUCAAAAACCUGCGGGUGGCCGAAUCCAAGUUCCAGUCCAUCCGGGAGAAAAUCUGCCAAAAGACCCAGGGAAUUCUUGCCCAGCGCAUUGAUCAGCACAGCCAUUCUGUUGUGCAAGCUUGCAAGGUGCUUGACCUGUCCUCGUGGCCACACAAUAGGGAUGAUCUCCAAACCUAUGGGGAUGAAGAGAUCCUGCUCAUCUUUGACCAUCUGGAGACAAUUCCUUUGCCAUGUCGUGAGCUGUCACAUGACCGAGUGGAUUUACGUGGAAGCCUGGUAAGAGAAUGGAGGGAUCUCAAAGCUGACUACUUUAGCAUGAAUGGCUUUAAGGAACUGAUGAGUCACGUCUGCAAAUAUAAGCAGCGCUAUCCUAUGCUCAACCAAAUCCUGCAGUUGUUGAGGGUCUUGCCAACAUCAACUGUCUGCUGUGACAAAGGACGAGAGGCUUUACACAAAGUAAGAAGGAACAACCACUCCAGACUGACUCUGGAACAGAUGAACGACUUGCUCAUGUCGGCUGUUAACGGGCCACCUAUUGCCAAUUUUGAUGGAAAGAGGCCACUAGACAGCUGGUUUGAGGAGAAGUCAGGAAAUAGUUACACACUUUCUGCAGAAGUGUUGAGUAGACUGUCCAACACUGAACAAAAACCUGUGCUGCACUCCAUGGAUGUGAAUUCAGAAUUUUACCCUGGUAUUUGAAUUGAACUUGCGUUUCAGCCAACAAUAUUCCAAAAAGCCAUCUCAGUGGGUGUGAGCUGACCGGGGGCUGUUAUGUGAUUGGCCAAUACAAAUGACAUUGGCUCUGCUGCUACAAUGGCCUGGUUAGCGAUCCUUAUUCAUACAAUUCAUAUAUAAAUGCCUUUGCAGGGCUUUGGCACUUAAACCUUUUCUGGAAUGUUUAAUUAUUUUAUGUGAUUUGAUGUUCCAAAGAAAAAAAAAGCACUUGUUAGGUUGAAUGAAAUGAAUAGCUGAAAUCUAUAUUAAAAAAAAAAGUAGAUUCCAUUUUGUGGACUUUUGUUUGUUUGUUAAUUUUAUCAUUUAUUAACUCCAAUGUGUCCAAUAUUUGCUUGAAUAUGCACAAUUAUGCCUGAAUUGUUUGUGUACCUAAUAAUCAGUUUUUUCUAGUAUAAACUUAUAUAGUUUUAACUUUCAGUAUAUGAAAAUUAUGUAAGCUUUUAAGUAUGCCAUGAUUAAAUACUGUUUAAUUAUCCAUUUAAAUAGAAAGAGAUUUUGCAGCCUAUCUUGCUACUAAGAAUUCUAGAUAAAUGCAUUUUUAAUUUUUUUUUUCCAGAGAACUGUUAUAAAGAAUUGUGGGCCAUAAUGCAUUAGAAAGUUGUAGCUCUGCAUGACGCAGUUUAUUUCCAUCAUCAAGCGGUUUGGAAUGCAAUAUGCAAGACGCUCAUGCCUUAUACUCAUGUUUUAGAUUUUCUUUUGCUGUCAUGUUCUCUUUUUCUUCUAUUUUAGACUGUAUAUCAUCUGUCAGCGAGAUUACGUCUGGGGAAAUUUCAAUGUCCAAACAAACAGAUUAUACAGACUUUUAAUAGUGCAAGAACAAAGAUUCUGGAGACAUGGUAUUGUGCUCGAGUAUGUGUUGGCCCAUAUUUUAUUGCAAUAUACUUUUUUGUUCUUUUUUUUUUUUAACUAUUAUUGUUAAAAUGUGCAAUGAAUUGUCACAUGUUUAUUGUCUAUUUCUAAAUACCGAAGAGUAAGGACACUUUUAUGGACUAUUGAGGUAUAUUAUGGAUUUAGAAAUGUUUAAAAUACCUAAACAUGAUAAUGAAAUUGGAUUUAUUAUUAUUAUUAUUAUUAUUAUUAUUAUUAUUAUUAUUAUUACAGGUGAUUUAUUUAGCAUUUAUAUAGACAAAAAGAAAUGAACAGAAUUUGCAAUGCUGCUUUUAAAAAAGUCUUAACCAUUAUUGCCAAAGUUUCUACUGAAAUAAUGGGUGUGUCGAAUCUUAUCACACUUUGCAAUCACUUUUAAUUGUGUUCUCUUCUAUAUCACAUUUUAAAGGGCACAUCUAUGGAGAAUUUGGCCUUAUGCAGUAAAUGAUGUUGAAAUUUGUCUUGUGACAAAUUUGAUAGUGAUGUUAUCUGCAUGUUAUCUGCACAGCUCGAAUCUUAUUUUCUUCUUUCUUUUUUAUGCAACUAUUGAUGAUCUUCAAUUGUUAUUUUGUAAUCUUAGCAUUUUACAGCCCUAUAAACCCAGGCAUGUUAUUGUUCUCUCACUUUGGUUCUAAAUUAUGCAGAUCACAUGCUGUGUGCAGAAAGCUUUACUGCAAAAUCAUUUGCACCAUUUAAAUAUUUUUCCAGAACUAAAUGUUCAACCUUUAUACUUCCAACAGUGCAGUUUUGCUACAUAUAUUUUUCAUGUUAAUGAUUUUUGUUCAUCAUAAACAUUUAAUUCCAUAAUCAUUCCUUGAUUUUCGUUCAAGCUACGGUCCAGUUUAAUGGUGUAAUGCGUUUCUACAGAAUAAUACCGCAGUGUGUUUUUUGUUUGUUGUUUUGUUCAUGAAUGUACAGACUGUUACCUCAGAUGUGCAGUUAAUGGAUCAUGUUGGUACCUUUUUGUUUUAUUUGUCCAGUGUGGGUUUCUUUUUUCAUGAUGGUCUGCUGCAGCCAUCACUGCACACGUCUUCCAUGUGGAGAAUGAUUGGGAUUUUAGGUUGGGGAUUUAUAUUUUCUUCCUUCCUUAGUUCCUUCCUUCCUUCCUUCCACCCUUCCCUUCCCUUUUUUUUUCUUGUUGGCACAUUUGCAUGUAUCUUAUUUACUAGAAUGUUUAUUUUUUUAAACUGUUCUAUUUCUCAAGAAAACCUUCAUAUGAUUUCUAUCAUUUAUGGUAUUCACAAUAUUUUUUAUUGAUACCAUACAUUAUGCUGUUAGUGUUUUGUUGGGGAAAAUAACAAAACAUUUCUGAUUUUAGGUUCAUAAUCAGAUAUUUCAAUCAAAAUGUUGCAUUUUGUUUGUUUUAUUAUUAUUCUUUUUUUCCAAAGUCAGCAAAGAUGCGUCAUCAGAUUAUCAUUAUCAUCAUCAUUUACACAGCUUUAUACAUCACAGACUUGGGAUUUUGCAUGAAUACAUUAUAACACUGGAAAUAAAUAAUUAUAAAGUAUAUGUGAACUUAAGGAGUGAGUUGCAUAUGUGAGAUUAUGUGCUAUAUAUAUAUACAUAAAUAUAUGUGCACUCAAAAUGCAAGCUUAAUGAUAUAUAAUUCCACAUAUAACAGUUUAAUAAAGUGGUUUUGUAUUUUA